CCUUUGAUUUAUUUUUUUUCCGGGCGGCCGCGGCGACCCUGGGCUGGCUCCGGCAUGGGGAGUGGAGCCCCCGGAGCUGCUGCAGCGGCGUUGUGAGGAGCAGCCAGAGGGAGGCAGCUGCGGCUCGGCGGUGAGUAUCCGGGAAGCGCCACCAUGGGGCUCCGUAAGAAGAGCACCAAGAACCCCCCGGUGCUGAGCCAAGAAUUCAUCCUGCAGAAUCAUGCGGACAUCGUCUCCUGUGUGGGGAUGUUCUUCGUGCUGGGGCUUAUGUUCGAGGGAACAGCAGAAGUGUCUAUCGUUUUUCUUACUCUUCAGCACAGUGUUAUCGUCCCUGCAGAAGAACUGGCUACAGGAUCAAAGACCCUUUAUUAUUAUGGUGUCAAAGAUUUGGCCACGGUAUUCUUCUACAUGCUGGUGGUAAUCAUUAUUCACGCCACAAUUCAGGAGUAUGUAUUGGAUAAAAUUAGCAGGAGAAUGCAGUUCACCAAAGCGAAACAAAACAAAUUUAAUGAAUCGGGUCAGUUUAGUGUAUUCUACAUUGUUUCUUGUAUUUGGGGCACAAUCAUUCUAAUGUCUGAAAACUGCCUGUCAGACCCAACUCUCCUGUGGAGGACUCAUUCCCAUAACAAGAUGACAUUUCAAAUGAAGUUUUUCUACAUAUCACAGUUGGCUUACUGGUUUCAUGGUUUUCCGGAACUCUACUUCCAGAAAAUCAGAAAACAAGAUAUCCCUAGUCAACUUAUCUACAUUGGUCUUCACCUCUUUCACAUCACUGGAGCAUAUCUUUUGUACUUGAAUCAUCUGGGACUUCUUCUUCUGGUGCUGCAUUAUUUUGUUGAAUUACUUUCCCACAUGUGCGGCCUGUUUUAUUUUAGUGAUGAAAAGUACCAGAAAGGGGUUUCUCUGUGGACCAUUGUGUUUAUUUUGGGGCGACUCACGACUUUAAUUGUUUCAGUAGUCACUGUUGGUCUGCACUUGGCUGUGUCCCAUUCUCGGGAUGGAGAUGCAGAUGCCAUUAGUGGAAACGUAAAUGUGUUGGCCGCUGAAAUUGCUGUUCUGUCGUCCAGUUGCACAAUCCAAGCAUAUAUAACAUGGACCUUAAUUACAGUCUGGCUUCAGAGGUGGAUAGAAGAUUCUAAUCUUCAGGCCUCAUGUCUGAAGAAGAAAAAAUCGAUGACUAAAGGCCGUUCUUCUAGAAAAGGAACAGAAAAUGGAGUGGAGACUUCAAAUCGAGUAGAUGCCCCUCCAAAGAGGAAAGAGAAAACUUCAUAAUGAAUUAUAAGCUAAUUGAUGAAUAUCUCCAAAGGAAUCUGCUCUUUACUAUGAGAUCUCUCUCUGUGCUAGAGAUUUUUUCUGUUCUUCAAAAUACUUUGUGCUCUUUGAUUGCUAUUGUACUGUUUAAUGUAUAUUUUAAGUAAUUGGAGGGGAGGAUGAUUAUCAUGAGUAGAAAAGUAACCAUUUUGGUUAAACUAAGCUACUUAACAUCAAAAUAGUGACAAAAAAGUUGAGGGAUAACUAUGGUAUUUGAUUUUUGAUUUUUUGCCUAGAACAUUUUCCUAAUGAUUUGUGGAGUUAACUAUAAAAUUCCUCAUAUAAGUGAUAACAAUUUCUUGUUCCCAUCAAUCUUCUAUGGUAUUAACAAGGUGGAUUGUUAUAGCAAGGUCAUAUUUUUAAUAUUCUCUUUCACUAGAAAAUGGAAAAUUCUAUCAAGAUGGAAAUUAAAUUAGUGUUUUCUAAUUUUUUUGUUGUUGUUUAGAAUUUACAAUUGAGACAAGAUUUGUAAAACCACCAAAAUAGUCAUGUAUUUUAUUUUAUAGGGAGUGAUUGUUAAUGCUGUAUCCCCAUUGAAGAAUCCAAAUACUAAUAGAUAACAUAUAUGGAGAUUUAUUGCCAUAUAUAUUGAAUCAAAAUAUCUUUAAUCAAUAUAAAAUAUUACUUAAGAGGUAAAAUCAUUCCUGUCCAUUUUUAACACUUGUAAAUG